CUCCCUACUUAGCGAUUCCUAAAAAGCUCGUUUUGUGCUCGAUUCUUUGUUCUUCCUGAGUCGAUCGUUGUGUUGUGUGUUCCUGCAACGCCAGUAGCCAGGCUCAUUGAGUGCCCCACUUUUGAAUCGAAGGCCGAUUUCGCGUGUGGUUUAACCUAAUUUUCGGAGUUGACAUAUACUAUCUGUGGCGAGACCGUAAAUGUCUUACACAACAGAUGCUCAACGUUGGCGAGCGUUGGCGACUCGUGAUCCCAACGCCAACGGGCAUUUCUUCUAUUCAGUCAAAUCAACGCAGAUAUACUGCAGACCAACUUGUCCUGCAAGACUUGCGCGACGAGCAAAUAUAAGCUUCCAGAAGACCAUUGCGGAAGCAGAAGCGUUGGGCUUUAGGGCAUGCAAGCGAUGUAGGCCGAACGUCGAAAACGAAGAUCCACAGGACAAAGCUGUCGCGAAGGCAAUGGGCUUUAUUGAAGAGGCGGCAAGAAAGGGCGAAGCGAAGACCUUAAAACUGCAUGAUCUCGCGAAGAAAGUCGGUCUUACUCCGAGAUACUUCCACAAAAUCUUCAAAAACAAGACUGGCACGACACCACGAGAGUACACGAACAUAGUCGCGGCGCAACAUAGUAGCUCGAGUCUCACAUUGGGGUCCGAGGCGAACCCAUCACAAGUGAAAUCCUUUGACUGGGACACGUUCGAUAUCUCUGAACUAGCAGAAUACCAGUUCGACUCGAAUGCAAUAUUAGACGACGACUUCAUGGCGAAGGCAGCAGAGAUCUCACCUGCAGGGACUGGUGAGACCUCAUCAUUGCAGACCUGGGUUGUAGGACCACCCGAAUGUGAUAACUCAGACACCGAUUCCACACUGUCGCUUGAGCAGCUGUCAAACUUUAGCGGAUUGGAUCCUACUAUCAUCGACUUUGGACAGUAUCAGAGUACGAAAAUAAUGCCCGUGGAUCCGGCUUUCGACUUCGAUCUAAAUAUGGCCAUGUUGCUCCACGAUGAUAUAGCGAGUGCUGGCUUUGUACUGGACAUGGCACAAGAUUGGUCCGGAUCAAAUAUUCCAAUUGCACCAGGUCCCUGAGCUGACCGCGUAUCGGCAAUGUAGAUGUCGUGUGUUAUGGUCGCAGCGAAGAGCGCCCAGGCUCGGUAUAACGUUGGCACAGAUUCGGUGUUAAACGGAG